AGCCCUGCGGAUGGAGGCGCGGGCGGCGCGGCGCGCUCAUUCCGCGCGGGCGUUGCUGGCGGGGGGCGGCGCAGCCGCUGGACCCGGACCGGGGCCGCGACCCGGGGCGGCGGGCGGCGUGGGCGGCGCCCCAGGCUGGGAUGCGCUGGGGGCUCCGUGGCGGCGGCGGCGUUGGCGGUGGCGUCGGCGGCUGCAGGGGGACGAGCUAGCGCCGCGGCGCGGGGAGCCAGUUGAGCCCGGCCGGCGAGCGGAGGCGGCGGCGCAGGCAGAGCGGCGGCGGCAGCGGGAGCCCGAGCGCUGCGCGCCCACCAUGGCCGCCCAGGGAGAGCCCGGCUACCUGGCGGCGCAGUCGGACCCCGGCUCCAACAGCGAGCGCAGCACAGACUCCCCGAUGCCCGGCUCAGAGGACGACCUGGUCGCCGGGGCUACCCUGCACAGCCCGGAGUGGAGCGAGGAGCGCUUCCGCGUGGACAGGAAGAAACUUGAGGCCAUGUUACAAGCUGCUGCUGAAGGGAAAGGCAGAAGUGGGGAAGACUUUUUUCAAAAGAUCAUGGAGGAAACAAACACACAGAUUGCUUGGCCAUCAAAACUGAAGAUUGGAGCCAAAUCCAAGAAAGAUCCCCAUAUUAAGGUUUCUGGAAAGAAAGAUGAUGUUAAAGAAGCCAAGGAAAUGAUCAUGUCUGUCUUAGACACAAAAAGCAAUCGAGUCACAUUGAAGAUGGAUGUUUCACAUACAGAACAUUCUCAUGUCAUCGGCAAAGGUGGCAACAAUAUUAAAAAAGUGAUGGAAGAAACCGGAUGCCAUAUCCACUUUCCAGAUUCCAACAGGAAUAACCAAGCAGAAAAAAGCAACCAGGUAUCUAUAGCAGGACAACCGGCAGGAGUAGAAUCUGCCCGAGUUAGAAUUCGGGAGCUGCUUCCUUUGGUGCUGAUGUUUGAGCUACCAAUUGCUGGAAUUCUUCAACCGGUUCCUGAUCCUAAUUCCCCCUCUAUUCAGCAUAUAUCACAAACGUACAAUAUUUCAGUAUCAUUUAAACAGCGUUCCCGAAUGUAUGGUGCUACUGUCAUAGUACGAGGGUCUCAGAAUAACACUAGUGCUGUGAAGGAAGGAACUGCCAUGCUGUUAGAACAUCUUGCUGGGAGCCUAGCAUCAGCAAUUCCUGUGAGCACACAACUAGAUAUUGCAGCUCAGCAUCAUCUCUUUAUGAUGGGUCGAAAUGGGAGCAACAUCAAACAUAUUAUGCAGAGAACAGGUGCUCAGAUCCACUUUCCCGAUCCCAGUAAUCCACAAAAGAAAUCCACCGUCUACCUCCAGGGCACCAUUGAGUCUGUCUGUCUUGCAAGGCAAUAUCUCAUGGGUUGUCUUCCUCUUGUGUUGAUGUUUGAUAUGAAGGAAGAAAUUGAAGUAGAUCCACAGUUCAUUGCACAGUUGAUGGAACAGCUUGAUGUCUUCAUCAGUAUUAAACCAAAGCCCAAACAGCCAAGCAAGUCUGUGAUUGUGAAAAGUGUUGAGCGAAAUGCCUUAAAUAUGUAUGAAGCAAGGAAAUGUCUCCUCGGACUUGAAAGCAGUGGGGUUACCAUAGCAACCAGUCCAUCCCCAGCAUCCUGCCCUGCCGGCCUGGCAUGUCCCAGCCUGGAUAUCUUAGCUUCAGCAGGCCUUGGACUCACUGGACUAGGUCUUUUGGGGCCCACCACUUUAUCUCUGAAUACUUCAACAACUCCAAACUCACUCUUGAAUGCUCUUAAUAGCUCAGUCAGUCCUCUGCAAAGUCCAAGUUCUGGUACACCCAGCCCCACAUUAUGGGCACCCCCACUUGCUAAUACUUCAAGUGCCACAGGUUUUUCUGCUAUACCACACCUUAUGAUUCCAUCUACUGCCCAAGCCACAUUAACUAAUAUUUUGCUGUCUGGAGUGCCCACCUAUGGGCACACGGCUCCAUCUCCCCCUCCUGGCUUGACUCCUGUUGAUGUCCAUAUCAACAGUAUGCAGACCGAAGGCAAAAAAAUCUCUGCUGCUUUAAAUGGACAUGCACAGUCUCCAAAUAUAAAAUAUGGUGCAAUAUCCACUUCAUCACUUGGAGAAAAAGUGCUGAGUGCAAAUCAUGGUGAUCCAUCCAUCCAGACAAGUGGAUCUGAGCAGGCAUCUCCCAAAUCAAGCCCUACUGAAGGUUGUAAUGAUGCUUUUGUUGAGGUAGGCAUGCCUCGAAGUCCUUCCCAUUCUGGGAAUGCUGGUGAAUUGAAACAGAUGAUGUGUCCCUCCAAGGUUUCGUGUGCCAAAAGGCAGACAGUGGAGCUAUUGCACGGCACAAAAAACUCACACUUGCACAGCACUGACAGGUUGCUCUCAGACCCUGAACUGAGUGCUACAGAAAGCCCUUUGGCUGACAAGAAGGCUCCAGGGAGUGAGCGCGCUGCAGAGAGGGCAGCAGCUGCCCACCAAAACUCUGAAAGGGCCCACCUUGCCCCACGGUCGUCAUAUGUCAACAUGCAGGCAUUUGACUAUGAACAAAAGAAGCUAUUAGCCACCAAAGCUAUGUUAAAAAAACCAGUGGUGACGGAGGUCAGAACACCCACAAAUACCUGGAGUGGCCUGGGAUUUUCUAAAUCCAUGCCAGCUGAAACUAUCAAGGAGUUGAGAAGGGCCAAUCAUGUGUCCUAUAAGCCCACAAUGACAACCACUUACGAGGGCUCAUCAAUGUCCCUUUCACGAUCCAACAGUCGUGAGCACUUGGGAAGUGGAAGUGAAUCUGAUAACUGGAGAGACCGAAAUGGAAUUGGACCCACAAGUCAUAGUGACUUUGCAGCUUCUAUUGGCAGCCCUAAGCGUAAACAAAACAAAUCAACGGAACACUAUCUCAGCAGUAGCAAUUACAUGGACUGCAUUUCUUCGCUGACAGGAAGCAAUGGCUGUAACCUAAAUAGCUCUUUCAAAGGCUCUGACCUCCCUGAGCUCUUCAGCAAACUGGGCCUGGGCAAAUACACAGAUGUCUUCCAGCAACAAGAGAUCGAUCUUCAGACAUUCCUCACUCUCACAGAUCAGGAUCUGAAGGAGCUGGGAAUAACUACUUUUGGUGCCAGGAGGAAAAUGCUACUUGCAAUUUCAGAACUAAAUAAAAACCGAAGAAAGCUUUUUGAAUCGCCAAAUGCACGCACCUCUUUCCUGGAAGGUGGAGCAAGUGGAAGGCUACCACGUCAGUAUCACUCAGACAUUGCUAGUGUCAGUGGCCGCUGGUAGCAGUGCCCUCUCGGCACAUGCCCGCCAACUAACUGCAAAGGUGGACACAGGAGAUUUGUGAACAGCCUUGAUAGCACACCGUCCUCAGAACUCUGGGUGUCUGGUAUCAGGACCAAAGCAUCUUAAUUCACACCUGUACUUUAUGGCAAAAAGGAAAAAAAGAAGAUGUUCUUAUGAUGUCACACAAAACGCCAAAUGUGGAUUACAUUUUUAAAAUGGCAGUUGGAAAGAAUUUGCAAUAUGAGGAUAGGGCUUCAUUUCCCGUUUUUAUUUACCUAUAUAACAU